AUGAAGGAGGGUGUCGCGUUACAUUUUGCUGCGUCGAUGUUGUCCGGAUUCCUCACUACCUUCAAUUCGAUGCCUUUUGACGUGACAAAGACAAGGAUACAAAACUUGAAAAGCACAGGCAAACCGCCUGGGAUGAUCUCGAUGAUGACGUCCAUAGCGAAAACCGAAGGCAUAGCUGCAUUGUGGAAGGGUUUCUGGCCCACGUACUGCAGAAUAGGCCCCCACACAGUUCUAACGCUUAUAAUCAACGAGCAAAUUGUACACCUAUACAGGCGGUACGCAGAAUAA